GUUCUCGACAGGGAAGAAGAAGGAAAGGAGAUAGGCCCGUCGGCGGCCGUGUGGCUGGAUGGAGGACUCGAUGCCGGGGGCCGUCGUCGUCGUCGUUGUCGUCGAGGACGAUGUGGCUGCCGCUUUUCGAGGAGGAGACCGCUUCGUGUUGGUGGUUCCUCUCGUUCCUCUCGUUUUUCUCGUUCUUCUUGUUCUUCUGGUCCGACGGAUUUGACGCCAGGACGGAAACUCAGUUUCGGCGCUUUGGCACCUUCGGAAAGGCUGCUUUUGUCGCCAUUGCAGGAUUCUCUGUCCUCAAGUUGACUCACAUCCUAUGUGCUGUCCUGCUUCCGCUUGAAAAUGAUGCAAAACAGCACAACUUGUGCAAAGUGCCAUGAAGUGAUCCGAGAGAAAUACGUUUUCAAAGUCAAAGAUUUACCCCAUCAUCAGAACUGCUUACAGUGUGUGGAGUGCUCCAUGUUCCUCGACUCAGCUUGCUACACGCAGAGUAAUCAGUACUACUGCAAGAGAGACUUCUAUCGGCUCUUUGGUCCCAAAUGUCAGGGGUGCGAGUACACCAUCGAAAUGGACCAGUUCUCCACCAAGAUCGGACAAUGGUUCUUCCAUCCAGAUUGUGUGGUUUGCAAUGUGUGCAAGCUCACCAUUCCCAAAGGGUGCAAGGUUCAAUUCUCUUACGACGGGUAUGUCUAUUGCGAAGAGCAUGCGUUCAUGUGCCAUAUGAAGAACUCCUGUGGGAUCUCCGAGCUCUAUGAGCGGGACUCCGGGAUCGAGUGUGACCUGUCCAUGAGUGAAAGCUUCAAAUGUGCCAGCGAUCCUGCCGAUUCGAAAAGCCCCCUGUCCAACGGGGAUGAUGGAGAUUCGGAUUCCGAGAAGAGCAAGAAUGACGACAGCAAAGAGAACAAACGAAGAGGUCCGCGGACCACAAUCAAAGCCAAACAGCUCGAGGUCCUCAAGAAUGUUUUCAACCAAACCCCCAAACCCACUCGGCUCAUGCGGGAGCAACUAGCCAAGGAAACGGGUUUACCUAUGCGAGUGAUCCAGGUCUGGUUCCAGAACAAGCGCAGUAAGGAGAAGCGGAUGCAUCAGAUGCGGUUCAUGGCUCGGGCACCCUUCCUCCCGCCCAAUGCCCGGAGGUUUGGCCCACCCCAAGGCGACCCUCGAUUCUGUUUCCCACCCACUUCAAUGCCGUUUGAUUACGGAGGUCCGGGUUACGAUCCAUCUUGUGGCGGAGGCGGUUCGCCCUAUCCUAAUUCCAUGCAGCCCUACGGUGUUCCCUUUCCACCCAAUGACCACAUGACGGACCUGAAUUUCCAGCAGUCGUUACCACCCAAUCCUCCUCCCAUGAGCCAAAGUGAUGGAUCACCUCUGGACACGUUCCCUUCGCCGCCUCCUCAGACCCAAGAUUUCCAUACGCCGCCCCCGCCCCCCGGGACAAAUGGAUCGGGCGAUUUUGGCGGCCCCACCGACCAAUGUUUUCCCUCUCCACCCCUUAGCUUAGAAUUGCCCACCUCGUCAUCGUCAUCAGGUUGUUCCGUCAGCAUUAAUAAUAACAAUAACAACCACCACCCCUCCACGUCCUCGGUGGUGAACACAAUCAGUUCCUAGACGAUCGCCAUCAUGAACACCAUCAUUGCACAGGUCAAUCGAAUAUUGCAAUCGAAGAUUGGCAAUCUGUUACCACCACCACCACCACUAGCAUCAUCACCCCCAUCUACUUUCCAUCGAGUGAAUGGGUUGAUCGUUUUUCUGUCAUCUUCGUUAUUUGUACAACCUUGAACGAUGGAUGUCUUAUCGACGUUUUCAGAAGAGAAACAUGUGUGUUUUCUGUGAUAGCCGUAAUAAUUUUUAUUUUUGUUAUUCUCCUCAUCAACACCACAACAUCACAACCACUAAACUACUAGUACUUCUAUAACUUCCCAACAUCAUCAUGAACACCUAAAGCAACCCUUAACAACAACAACAACAACAACAACAAUUAUCCCCACAACCACCCCCACUGACCCCGCUGUUCUCUUUCCCUGGUUGUCUGUGUGUCUGUCUGUCCGUUUGUCUCUCUGUCUGUCUGUCUCUUUCUCUUGAACUUUCUCACCAGCAGAAGCCAUCACCAAUACCAACACCAUAUUCAUCAUAUUUCUAAUUAAAUAUUGCUUUAUAUGAUAUCCGAAAGAAUCUAGAACAAUAUAUGAGACUGAGGCUUCCUUCCAUGAAUGGACGACCAGAAGCAA